CUAAUUUAGCACACAAAUUUGCAUAAAAAUGGAAGAAGCCAAAACUCAAGCCGCCGUGCUCAUGGUGCCUCUACCAUGCCAAAGCCAUCUCAAUCAGCUCCUCCAACUCUCCGGCGUAAUCUCCUCCCGCGGCAUCCCCGUGCACUUCGUCGGCACCACCACCCACAACCGCCAGGUGCGGCUGCGGUCCCACGGCCUACAACUCGACGCAAUCCAUUUCCACGACCUUCCAACUCCCCCGAUCGACGCCCCCGCCCCCGACCCGCACGCGGCAGACAAGGUGCCGAUGCACCUCGCGCCUGCCACACUGGCCUACGCGGGCCUGCGCGAGCAGAUAGGUCUGCUCGCGCAGAAACUGUCGCAAACGACGACCAGGCUGGUGGUCGUCUACGACAGGAUGGGGGCAGAGGCUGUGCGGGACGCAGUGGCGGUCCCCAGCGCCGAGUCCUACUCCUUCAACUGCCUCUCGGCGUUCAAUCUGUUCCUCAUCCUGUGGGAGGUGAUGGGGAAGCCCUUCCAACUGCGAGACGCCAUGCUCGAGAAGCUUCCUUCCGUGAGGGAGUUCAUACCGGAGGGGGCGCUCUACUUCUCUGCAUCUGAGAACAUUCUAGAGAGAGCAGGAGACAUUCACAACACCGUCAGAUUGAUCGACGAGGCUUACAUCGGAUUGAUGGGAAGAGAAGAGAUCAGCGGCGGGAAGAAGCAGUGGGCGAUCAGAUCGAGGGGUUUCUUCUCAGAGACAGAAAGCAGCGAUGAGUACUGUUUAAAAUGGCUCGAUCGACAGCCUCCGAAAUCGGUGAUCUACGUUUCGUUUGGGACAACGACGUCGUUCCGGGAUGAAGAAUAUGCGGAGAUAGCUAUGGGGUUGGAGGAGAGCGGGCAGAGAUUUGUAUGGGUGGUGAGAGAAGCGGAUAGGGCCGACAUAUUCGCCGGCGGUGCAGACGGUCGGAGGAUAAAGCUGCUGGAAGGGUUUGAGGAGAGGGUUAAAGGGAGGGGGAUUGUAGUGAGGGGAUGGGCGCCGCAGAUGGGGAUUUUGGGGCACCCAUCGACGGGGGGGUUUAUGAGCCACUGCGGGUGGAAUUCGUGCUUGGAGAGCUUGACGGUGGGGGUGCCGAUGGCGGCGUGGCCGAUGCAUUCUGAUCAGCCGAUCAACGCGAUAUUUGUGACGGAGGUGCUUGGGGUUGGGGUGGAGGUGAGGGAGUGGGGGCGGCGGUUGGAGGUUGUGGAGGCCGAGGCGGUGAAGGAUGCCGUAGUGAGGUUGAUGGCGUCGGAGGAGGGGGAGGGGAUUCGGAGGAGGGCGGCGGAGGUGGGAGCCGCCGUGAGGAAGUCGAUGGAGGAAGGUGGUGAGAGUUGCAUGGAGAUAGAGAGAUUUAUUGCCCAUAUUACUAGACUAGAUCACUAGUACUUUAUGUAUUAGAAAUUGGUUCCGGCUAAUUCGCACUUUGGAUCUAUACAUUAUUAAUAGUGUUUUAUUCUCAA